AUGGGGAAGCCCCAGGCAGGCGUCUUCCACCUCUGUGACCGCAGCACCAUGGCCUGCCUGUGGCUCCUGUCCUGCUGGGCCCUCCUGGGCACCGCCUUUGGUGAACCUCAGCCCCUCCUCACCCCACUCCCACCCCCACCCCCAGGCUGCGGGGUCCCCGCCAUCAACCCCGUGCUCACUGGCCUGUCCAGGAUCGUCAAUGGGGAGGACGCCGUCCCCGGCUCCUGGCCCUGGCAGGUGUCCCUGCAGGACAAGACCGGCUUCCACUUCUGCGGGGGCUCCCUCAUCAGCGAGGACUGGGUGGUCACCGCCGCCCACUGCGGGGUCAAGACCACGGACCAGGUUGUGGCCGGGGAGUUUGACCAGGGCUCUGACGAGGAGAACAUCCAGGUCCUGAAGAUCGCCAAGGUCUUCAAGAACCCCAAGUUCAACAUGCUCACCGUGCGCAACGACAUCACCCUGCUGAAGCUGGCCACGCCCGCCCGCUUCUCCGACACCGUGUCCCCCGUGUGCCUGCCCAGCGCCGACGACGACUUCCCCGCGGGGUCGCUGUGUGUCACCACGGGCUGGGGCAAGACCAAGUACAACGCCAACAAGACCCCCGACAAGCUGCAGCAGGCCGCCCUGCCCCUCAUGUCCAACGCCGACUGCAAGAAGUUCUGGGGCAGCAAGAUCACCGACGUGAUGGUCUGCGCAGGGGCCAGCGGCGUCUCCUCCUGCAUGGGUGACUCUGGCGGCCCCCUGGUCUGCCAGAAGGACGGAGCCUGGAACCUGGUGGGCAUCGUGUCCUGGGGCAGCGGCACCUGCUCCACCUCCAGCCCAGGCGUGUACGCCCGCGUCACCGAGCUCCUGCCCUGGGUUGAGGAGAUCCUGGCCGCCAACUGAGCCCAUGGGCACCCCCAGCCUCGCUGAUCCUGCUCCCCACAAAGCCUCAAUAAACCCGUGGAACAC